CCACCGAUUGGUUUUUUCCUUCACUUCACAAUUUUCUCUCCACCCUUUAGGAGUUUGGUGUGCUUCCAUAUUUUUAUUUUUUUUUUUAAUUUCGUUUUUUUUGGGCCUUCCCUUUGAUUGAAUUCAUCUUGUUUUUGUCUCGUCACUUGUUUUGUGAUAAAGAUCCCAUCUUUGAGGAGUUACCGUCCAUUUUUAGCUCCUUUGUCUGCAUACGAGCAGCUAAUUUUCUGGUGCUUUUGUUGUUCUCUAUAGUUUUUCUUGGAACAUAGUUUCUGUACCAAGCCCUGUUCCUAUUUUUCUCUCCAGCUAGUUGGGUUUGUUUUGCUCUGGAUCGAUUUCGAAAAAGUUUUGAUUUUCUCUAAUGGAGAGAGCAAAUAUCUCGGAUAGAGGAGAUUGAUUCUAUUUUAUUUUUUUUCUGGGAUUCAGAGGUUCAUUGGAUUGAAGACACAGUUUGUUGGGGAUAUUGAUGAUUUCUGCAACUAUGGCUGUACAGGAGGCACAUGGAUGCAGGGGAUUAGACUCUCCUUUGCCAACAAGUGGCAAUACUUCAUUGGACAUGAGUACAACUGUGAUUAAGGAUACCCAGUCAAAGGAACAGCUUGAUAAUCCUGGGGAUGACUUUUCUCCAAAGGCGAGGAAGCCGUACACAAUCACUAAGCAAAGAGAGAGGUGGACUGAGGAAGAGCACAACAAAUUUCUGGAGGCAUUGAAACUUUACGGCAGGGCCUGGAGAAGAAUCGAAGAGCACGUGGGCACAAAAACUGCAGUGCAAAUUCGAAGUCAUGCUCAAAAAUUUUUCGCCAAGGUCGCUCGUGAGACAAAUAUCGGUGAUGGUAAUUCCAUGAAGCCGAUCGAGAUUCCACCGCCUAGGCCUAAGAGGAAACCCAUGCACCCUUAUCCUCGUAAAAUGGUUUAUCAAGCCAAAACCGAAAUUUCGAUACCCGAAAAAUUUUCGAACGCCAUGGAGCAAGAAAACGAGUUACCGACUUCCGUUUUGUCUGGAAUUGGUUCGGACUCAUCUGAUGUGGCGGAUUCUAACCGGUCAUCAGUCUCGUCUGAAGUUCCUAAACUCGUGUUAGAAAACGAGGAUUCGAGUACAGAUGAAAGGAUAGAUAUGGAAUUGGGUCUUUCGAACGAGUCUCCCACACAACAAAGCUUGAAGCUUUUUGGUAAGACGUUACUAAUCAUGGACCCAAACCCGGUCCCGAAAACUUGCAAGCUCGAAUUAUUUUCAGACAAAAGUGAGGAAAAUUGUUCGACUCAGUGGGGGGUCUUGCCUGUAAAUCUUACGAAUGGCGAUUGUAUUUGGGGUGUUUUUACACAUGCAAAUUCUUUUCCUUGGUUGACCCUUUGUAGUAACAAUGCAUUCGGGCCAAACCCGGAAUUGCACAGCCCGACUCCAAUAAGAGCCCGAUCGUUGUGUGAUAAUAAUAAUAAUAACAAUAAGGAAAACCCGAGUGAUAACGAGAAAGAGGGUUCGUUAACGGGCUCGAGUACUACUGAUUUACUCGAAGAGCCUUUCGCGUUUGAACAGAAAGGGGAUUUGAAAUCUUUCUCAUCCCACAAAUCAAGAAAGAAGAGGAUUUCGGGCUUCAUGCCUUACAAAAGGUGUUCGGCCGAGCAGCAUUCGACCCUUCUAAUGGCCGAAUGCGGCGAGGAAAGGGAGACACAGAGUGUUCGCCUCUGCUUGUGACAGGUGGCGAGUCGUUGAGGUUCGAUAGCUGCUAACCCUGUAAUGAAAGGCUUGGUAAUGGCAAACUUCGUAUAAUUCUUUUUUCUUUUUCUUUUUUCUUUCUUUUGCCUUUUGGGUUUGAUAAAAGUGUUUUUGUCUUGUGUUAACUGUUGAAAUGUAUUUUUUUUGUCUGACCUCUUUACAAACUGUGUAGUUCUUGUGUAAACUGCUUCCUUUUUUGUCAUGUAAAGUGUAUCUUUCGGUUUAUGGAAGGGUUUCGGUUCGAAAGUGUAAGUCCAGUCUGGAUUGUACGUGGCGGGAGUCGAAUAGCAUGUAAAUUAAUGUUCAAUGAAAUAAUGUUGCAUAGUUUUGAGAUAUAACAUUGUUAAUAAAAAGAGAGAUUACACAUCUGCAAAA